AUGGAUGCCGGCAACCCAAAUAUCGAGCAGAUGCUCUCAAAAGCGGACCUUCUCGCUGUUCCCUCUCAAGAAAACGAAAUGGAGAACAGCUUCAGUACCGUCAACGCCUCAUUCACGAUUGCAAAUCUUGAGGCCGAGACCGACACCACGCCUUCAAGCCCCUCAACCCGUCCUGCCACAGAGCCGGAAGCGAAGUGCCACCUCCUCGACUUGCCGGCGGAGAUGAGAAACGAAAUCUUCCUCCUCGCCAUGCACGACUCCCGCACCAUCAAGAUCCGCCCAUCCGGAUACGAUCGUCCCGGCCUGCUUCUGACCUGCAAAGCCAUUCGCCAGGAAGCCCUCGCCGUCUUCUACUACAACAGCAAAUUCCGCAUCUCCGUCAAGCAAUACGAUCCAGCCCCGUUCAUCACCCUCACGCGCUCUCUGCGCCGCCUGAAGCUUCACCCGAAGAAGAUGAGCCUCACCUGCGAGUUCACGGACGACACGCCCAACUGGAGCAAUCUCAAGCUCUACCUCAAGUACAUCUGGGAAGGCGGGCGGAGAAUGUUUGCGUACUCACCGGAGCAUGUGUGGAAGAAGACUGGCAACUUUCCGAGCGUGUUGAGUAUGCUGGGUAUAGGAGACAAGAUGGUUAUCAGUAGCAUGGUGGUCAUGUGUAAGGGUUUGAGGGACAGGGAGAAGGUUUGGUUGGUGGUGGAGAGGAUCUUGGAUGAGCAGAGACCGCUCUUGGUUUGUUUCGACAAGCGGUGGGGCGAGGAUAAGCAAUCGACCGGCGAUGAGGUCAAGGCGGAAUAG